AUGAAGCGCAUGCUCACCGCGGCGGGCGGGCCGCCGAAGGUCAUCCAAAUGGUGGACGACAUCGUGGACACCUGCAGGGUCUGCAGGCUCUGGAUGAAAGGCGGCAACAAGCCGACGACCACGGUCAAGCUCAGCACGGAGUUCAACGACGAGGUGCAGGUGGACCUGCUGUUCUACAAGAGGCGCGUGGUCGGCCAUCUAUGCGACGGUUGCAUGCGUUUCACAGUGGCGCGCGAGCUGACCGACAGGACGCUGGAGUCUCUCCUGGACUUCAUCUGGGCCGGCUGGAUACAGAUGUUCGGCCCCAUGGCGGUGCUCACGGUCGACGGCGAAGGAGCCAUGGCAUCCGAGGAGGCUGGAGUCGCUCUUGGAAGGAUGGGUACCACCAGGAAACUAAAGGCGCCUGGCCAGCACGCGCAAGUAGUUGAACCACACCACGAGAUUUUGCGGAAGCAGUUGCACUUGAUCGACGCCCAGUGCCGCGAGAGCGAGAUCAAGGUACCGUUCGCAAGGAGGUUGGCGGAGGCAGUCUACGUGAAGAACGCAUUCCUGACCAUCGGCCAGGGCACGCCGUAUAAGGACCGGAAGCUCGAGAUCGGCGACCCCGUGGACUUCUACAAGCCAGGGGAGGCACCUAAGGGCUUCGAGCACUUGGGCUGGGCCAUUGGUUCUGGGGGUUGGACGCUCACCAAGAUUUCGCAGAAGUGCCCGCACGUGGUGGCUGCGAUGUUCCAGGUGGCAUUUUGCGGUCUACAUCUCAAUGGAGUGGUAGCAGCUCGAGUUGGUAAGAAGGUGCCGACUCUGCCAGGUCUGCACGACUUCGAGUUUUACACGAUGUGUUGGUGGUUGCCGAGACGCCAAGGUAAAGGAGACACUGGAGUGGAAGCUAUGUGUUACGGCGAAGGAGUGGCAUCAGAACAUCUGAGCCUCAGGCAGAUCUUCGGCGAGAAGGACUGGAGCGCAUCCUACUUCAUGCAGUUACUGACGGUGGGGCCGGACGUAUUAGACGUGCUAAAAGGAAAAGCACCACAGGAGGUAGCCAACGAGGAGGUUAACGCAGAGGAGGAGCGCGACGAGAGUCUGGACGAGCUGUUCUCGAUAGAGGCCAUGUGGAACAUGCCGAAGGACAGCAAGGAGAAGAGCGAUGAGGAGGACAUCAUGGAGUACGCGGGCUACUUAACAGAGGAGCCGGACACUUCGAUGAUAGAUAGGACGGAUGUGAUCAAGGACUAUGACAUUCUGGAGGCCUGGGUCACACAGGAGGCGAAUUACGGCAAGAUGGCGGCAGAUAUCCAAGAGUCCCUGCAACCCGAGAAGGUUAUCGGCUUCGCAGCGGAGGCCUGGAAGAUGCUGAAUGAGCCACGUAUUACCGGAGAAGCUUCACACGAGGACGACAUGGUCAUUCUGAGCUUCUACGAUGACGGCACGGCCAAGGCGGUGAUCGAGCGCGACGAAAACUUGCUGACGGCGGCGGAGAAGACCGAACAUCGAGAAGCAGUACGAGCAGCAAGGUUGAAGGAGUUACGGCAUUGGGCUGGCUUCAAGGCCAUGUCGAGAAUUUCGCGCAAGAGCGCCAACAACUUGAUCGACGCGAAGUGGGUUGACAAGUGGAAGUGGACUCAAGCAUCGGACGGCACGAUGGUCAGAAUAAUACGCUGCAGGCUGACGGUACGUAUGACGUUCGAGGAGGUGGCGAAGCUGUUAAACGAGUCCAUUCGGGACAUCUGCUUCGAGCUGCCGAAGGGCACGGCGGAGCUUCUCUGCGAGGUUGAGGGCUUCGAGGGUUUCAACACCGUGUUGGAGGUGCUGCACAUGGAGAAGGGCGGCUUCGGCUUGAACGACGCGCCGAGACUGUUCGGACUUCGUCGAGAUCAAGUACUGUUGUCGGUUGGUCUUCGUGCUACUCACGCGGACCCGCAUUUGUGGUUGAAGCACGAGGGGAAGGUCCUGACGCUAGUGGCUUCGACACAUCUUGACGACCUGAAGUGCGCGGGCCGUGACAAGGCCAGGGACGAGAUGAUAUCAGCGCUGGAGGCAGUCUUCGGAAAGAUGGCGAUGCACGAGAAGAGUUUCGUCCACUGUGGACUACGCCAUCGACAGCUGGACGACGUGAGCAUAGAGGUUGACCAGAUCGAGUACGUCAAGAACCUCAGCUGCAUCGACGAGAAGGGCUUGCAGGGCUUAGGCGACGAGGACGAUCCUCCAGCGGGGCACGUGAACCAGUACCCCUCGCUGUUGGGAGCUAUCGCGUGGCGCAUCAUGACGAGGAUCGACAUCUACAUCUACGUGGCGGCGCUGCAGAGACACGGCAAGGCGCCGAAGGUAGGCCACAUCAAGAAGAUGAAUGUGCUGCUGAAGUACAUGAAGGAGCACCCCUUGGCGCUGACGACUCACAAGCUGAAGCUGCCGCUGUCCGACGGUUGCGACUAUCUGUUGCUGCUGGCGGGCUUCAUGACCGAAAUACAAGGUGGAGAACUGGACGCACGACAGCUACGUGACAUGGUUGAUGGAGCUGAAGGCUGCAUGGUGCCAGCGCUGCCGUUGGAGGCAUGCGUGGACGCACAGAGCGUAUUCAGUGGCAUCACGGCGGAGCAGGUGCGUAUCCCAGAGGAGAGGCACACGUUGUACCACGCCCAGUGGGUCAGAGAGUUGCUGGACAGGCUAAUCCUGCGCACAUUGUGGUGGAUCGACACCAGGACUGCUGCGCGGAUGGGCUUACCUAAGGAAGUGUUCAACGAGACGCCCUGA